AUGUAGUUUAUUUUCUAAAGUAAAAAUAUCUACAAGGUAUUCAUUCUUUUCAAAACGUAAGGAAUAAGAUUUACCAGACAGGUCCACACCCAUGCUAAAUCAUUUUUAAGGCCUGAGAACCUGGGCUCGGUUCUCUGAAAGUUUUCACCUGUGAUGAGGCCAGUGCACAUAUCAGAGUUCCCAUACAUCAAAUUACAAACAUGCAGGGGGAAAUAAAGUAAAAGUAGUAGUGUAUGACAGAGGUCUGGUACAAUCCGAGUCCGAAGCUGGUAUGAUGGUAGUUUAAAAAAAAAAAAAAACACAGUUAUAAACCCCCGUGGACUCUGUCUCUCUUUCCAAGCCAAGGUAAAGGCGUAAACCCGGAAACGAUCCCUUCUUCCACCUCACCAAGCUAGGAGCAGCAGCUUGGUGUUUGCACACAUCAUCCCAGCUUCACUCGUCCAAAUCCACCUCCUUAGGGAGACGUGCGAAAAGGCAACCUACAAUCAAUACGGAAAACUCUCCGGGCUAUAAAUCAGCCACGUGGAGCUGUCGCCGCUGCUGCGGUGACUUCCUGCUUCAGAUCAUUUGAGCUGUUGGGCGCAGCUCUGCAGGGAAAAGACGAGACAAGCAGCAGAGGAAUCGGGGCAGUUUUAAGGAGGGGGAGAAAAAGUUUGUGCCUGCAGGACAGUGACGGACUGAGCAGGGGGCGGCGGCGGCGGCGGCGGGAAGGCAGCAGGCGGGAUCGGGGUAGAGCUGAAGAGAGGAGCAGCAGCUGAGAGCAGGCGGCUGGAGCGAGCAGGAGCGGGGAGGGGGGCGCAAAGCCAGGCGCGGGCAGGGAGCCGAGCCCGGCUCCGGGCUGGGGACGGGGUAGCUCGGAGGGGCCGAGGCGGGCGGCAUCAGGGCGUCGGGCCGGCGCGGGACGAUGCGGCUGAAGCUGGGCUUUCUGCUGCGCGCCGUGCUGCUGGCGGGCAGCUUCCUGGGGCUGCUGCUGCUCUGGUCCUCGCUGUCCCCCCGCGCCGAGGAGCCGAGCCCGCAGGGCAGGAUGCGGGAGGACAAAGAAGCUAAGAAUCCCGUGCCAGACAAAGGAAACCAUGGACUAGCUCCAGGAAAUGAGAGAUUCAAACCUGUGGUACCCUGGCCUCAUGUCGAAGGCAUGGAAGUGGACUUAGAAUCUAUUCGAAGAAAAAAUAAGGCCAAAAAUGAACUAGAACAUCAUGUUGGUGAUAACAAUCAGCAGAACAUCAUGCAGAGGCAGUAUCUCACAUUUAAGCCUCAGACAUUUACAUACCAUGAUCCUGUUUUACGACCUGCAAUCCUUGGUAAUUUUGAGCCCAAAGAACCUGAGCCUCAUGGAGUUGCUGGUGGCCCUGGAGAGGAAGGCAAGCCAUAUGUAUUAGGACCAGAAUACAAAGAAUCCAUUCAAGCCAGCAUUAAAGAGUUUGGGUUUAAUAUGGUGGCAAGUGAUAUGAUCUCACUAGAUCGGAGCAUUAAUGACUUGCGUCAAGAAGAGUGCAAGUAUUGGCAUUAUGAUGAGAACCUGCUCACCUCCAGUGUUGUCAUUGUCUUCCAUAAUGAAGGAUGGUCCACACUCAUGAGGACAGUUCACAGUGUAAUAAAAAGGACACCAAGGAAAUACUUGGCAGAAAUUGUGAUGAUUGAUGAUUUCAGUAACAAAGCGCACUUAAAAGAAAGACUUGACGAGUAUAUUAAACAGUGGAAUGGCCUUGUAAAGGUAUUUCGAAAUGAGAGGAGAGAAGGUUUAAUUCAAGCUAGAAGCAUUGGAGCUCAGAAGGCUAAACUUGGACAGGUUUUGAUUUACCUUGAUGCCCAUUGUGAGGUGGCAGUUAACUGGUAUGCACCACUUGUAGCUCCUAUAUCUAAGGACAGAACUACAUGUACUGUGCCUCUAAUAGAUUAUAUAGAUGGGAAUGAUUAUUCCAUUGAGCCGCAGCAAGGUGGGGAUGAAGAUGGUUUUGCGAGAGGGGCCUGGGACUGGAGUUUGCUGUGGAAACGAAUUCCAUUAAGCCACAAGGAAAAGGCCAAAAGAAAGCAUAAAACUGAGCCUUAUCGGUCCCCUGCAAUGGCUGGUGGAUUAUUUGCCAUUGAACGUGAUUUCUUCUUUGAACUGGGUCUCUAUGAUCCAGGUCUUCAAAUCUGGGGUGGUGAAAACUUUGAAAUUUCUUACAAGAUCUGGCAAUGUGGAGGGAAGUUGUUGUUUGUUCCUUGUUCUCGUGUUGGACACAUCUAUCGUCUCCAGGGUUGGCAAGGAAAUCCACCCCCAGUGUACGUUGGGUCCUCUCCUACGCUGAAGAACUAUGUCAGAGUGGUGGAAGUUUGGUGGGAUGAGUACAAAGAUUACUUUUAUGCCAGUCGUCCAGAGGCAAAAGCACUACCAUAUGGGGAUGUAUCUGAGCUGAAAAAGUUCCGUGAAGAUCACAACUGCAAAAGUUUUAAAUGGUUUAUGGAAGAAAUAGCCUAUGAUAUAACCUCACACUAUCCCUUACCGUCUAAAAAUGUGGACUGGGGAGAGAUCAGAGGCUUUGAAACUGCUUAUUGCAUAGAUAGCAUGGGGCACACCAAUGGCGGCUUUGUUGAACUUGGACCAUGCCACAGAAUGGGAGGAAAUCAGCUUUUUCGAAUAAAUGAAGCUAAUCAACUCAUGCAGUAUGACCAGUGUUUGACUAAAGGACCUGAUGGAUCAAAAGUUAUGAUUACGCACUGUAAUCUGAAUGAAUACAAAGAAUGGCAAUACUUCAAGAAACUACAUAGAUUUACCCAUAUUCCUUCAGGGAAGUGCUUAGAUCGCUCAGAGGUCUUACACCAAGUCUUUAUCACUGAAUGUGACUCCAGUAAAGCAACACAAAAAUGGGAAAUGAACAACAUUCUUAGUGUAUAGACAAAACAAACAAAAACCUGGCCAACUGAAACAUUAUUUUGUGCAGGACUGAAAAUAACCUGAAAACUGCUGCAACUAUUAACUUUGUACAGCUGCAAGCCUGUAAUCUCCUAACUUGGAUGAAGGACAUAGAUGAACUAUGAUAUUACAAUAACAUUAUCAUCUGCAGUUAAUGUUUACAAAACUGCUUUUACCUUAAACUUUGUAGAUGUUUACAUCUUUUUGUUUUAAGACGUUAGGGGUUUCAUGUGCUCUUAGCUGUGUUUUAUAGGAACAAAGUUAAAGGCACUGUGGUCUUCUUUGGGAUUUCACUCAGGGGUCUGAAGGCAGUUUUUUUACACACACUUGAAAAGGUUGGAGUAACCAGACUUCCAUAUAAUGUGGUGAUUAUCAACCUGUUGUAUCUUUUUAUUUAAUUUUACAUCCUACCAAGCACUGCCACAGGUUACUAGCCAGAGUGGCCUUUUUUCACAAUCAUGCUGCUUUUUUGGAAAGGUAGAUUUCAACAUAUUUAGUGCCUCUUUCAUUUCUCUAUAUAUUUUACAAGAAAAACGUAUGAUGGACUGUAUAAUAUGGAUAUGUUGAUAUGUCAUUGAUAAGGAUUAAUUGUACCACCCAUGUAAUUACCUAAGACAAGUUUGUGUUGCCAAUGUGACUUCUGUAUUUGCUACAUAUUGGUAAGGCAAAUAAAGGUACAGACCACACCAGAAAUGCUGUAGGGGGUCCCAAAAAUAUGCAAAAUGUCCCUUUUGAAGCUAGGUUCUGUAAUUUCACUGGAAAUAUACUGAGUAGCACCUGGAUGCAGCUGGUAUAUUAGGCUUUGUCUACACUAGCACUUUUGUUGGACCGGUGAGUGAAAACCCCCUCACCUCAACUGACGUAAGUUUCACCAACAAAAGUGCAAGUGUAGACAGUGCUGUCAGCGGGAAAGCGUUUCCCACCAACAUAGUUAUAACUGCUCGUUGGGGGUGGUUUAAUUAAUGCCGCAGGGAGAGCAGCUACACAGGAGACGUUACAGCGGCGCAGCUACAGUGGUACAGCUGUGCUGCUGUAAGAUCCAUAGAGUAAACAUAGUCUUAGACAGCACUAAAACAAUUAAACAUUUAUUUUAUUUUCAAUAUUAAAAAAAAGCCAAAAGAAACGGAACCUGAAAGCAUUCUGUGAUAUAUCUGAUGAAGUGAGUGCUCUGAAUUACAGCUAAGAACUUACAAAUACUAACUUCUUUGUUUUAUCAUGCCAUACAAACCUCUGAUAUAUUUUAAAGCUAAAGCUGCACAAUGUAUAAAAUCAAGAAUGGUCUAGUAUUUUGUGACAUUGUUAAAAUAAAUUGAAUUCACCUGGAGGUGAACUAAAACUUUAAGUAAAAACAAAAAAUUCAAACUAAUUGACAUACAGGGGUAGACUUUAAAGGGGCACUGUCAGCUAGUUUUAGAUCCAGACUCUGAGACUGUUAAGAGUUGAUGACAUCAUGAGUGCCUUGACUUACUAGGAGUUGAGCCCUUUGCACCUCACAGGAUCAGACCUAGAAAGUAUUUGUUUUAGAACCAAAUUCUGCCCUCAAAUGCAGAUUAGCAUUGCAUGUAACUUCCAUUUAAGUUAGUAAGGGUUAUGUAUCAUAGCUUUAUAAAGGUCAAAUUCUGCUUUUAGAUAUCUAUCUGUGCAUAUUUUGGCAAUGAUUUGGGAUCUCCUCUGGCUUCUUUAAACUUCUCAGCUGUCCUUUAAAAGGUGUGAAAAUUAAAAUUAGAAAAUAAAGGAGGGAGAAACUGGAAAAAGGAGAAUAAGAGUAUAGAUAACUUUAUUAUUUGUGUGUAUGAAAACUGACUCCAUUUUUUGUGUUGGGUAGAUUAAUCAUGUUACUAUGCAUCAGUGAAAGAAAGGUGGCAUAUAAAUUGUGAAGGUGUGUAUUUUAAAUGGGUAUUUUGUGCAAUUCAUUAAAAGAUACUGUAUGUGCAUAUGAAUCUGUAUCUGAAACUGCAAACUACAAAACAUGAGAACAUCAGCUGUUGCUGUAAUGACUUUUCCUAUUGUAGCCUGCUUAGGGAAAUUUUUUUUCCCAUAUCUUGCUUUGUAAACUGAUGAUAAUAUCACUAUGCAUUUCUACACAUUUUAUAAAGUUGAUUUAUGCAGAUUUUGAUACACUGUAUGUUUCUGUAGAAAUUGUAUAAAUCUUCAAAAGUUUUAUUAGGGAUAAAUUUGGGAAGACGAUGUGCAUCUUAAUGCUGGGUUGCUUGUUUUCUAGGUGAGGAAAAUAAAACAAAUAUUUUAACUUG